AAUUGUUCACUUGAUCGGACAAAACUUUUAAAGAAACAUAAUAAAACAGAGAAGGCCAUCAAAAUGUAUCUUUGAAAAUAUAUGUUGUUCAUCUUAAAUUGUUGUAUAUGAAAUAUACAAACAACUAAUAUGUACAUCAUUGUUUAAGCGCUGAGUGUUAGAGAUUCGUCUUAACGUACACUUUUUCUCUUGAUAUGAAAAAUGUUAACAAAAUUUUCACAGAAAUAUUUAAUUUCAGUUCGUAAAUUGUUUAUCGCUUUUUAGAUUAAUAUUAAAUUAUUUAAUAUUUAUAAAAUCAUUGUAUAAUUAUAAUCAUGUCGAAAAUAUUUACGCCUACAAAUCAAAUCCGUUUAACAAACGUGGCUGUGGUGCGUUUAAAAAAGGCAGGCAAACGUUUCGAACUUGCCUGUUACAAAAAUAAAGUGUUAUCUUGGCGUAAUAAUGUGGAGAAGGAUAUCGAUGAAGUGCUGCAAACGCAUACAGUCUUUACAAAUGUUUCAAAGGGACAAGCAGCAAAAAAAGAAGAAUUGAUAAAAGCUUUCGGUAAAACUGACGAAACUGAAAUAUGUAGAGAAAUUUUAAGUAAAGGGGAACUGCAGGUGUCCGAAAAGGAACGUCACUCUGUAAUGGAUACGCAAAUGAAUAGCAUCAUAAAUAGUGUAGCAGCUUUGUGUGUAAAUCCGGAAACACGUCGACCAUAUCCAUCUACUAUAAUAGAAAAAUCACUGAAAGACGCGCAUUUCUCCAUAAAACCUAAUCGCAAUACUAAGCAACAGACUUUGGACGCCAUUAAAUUGCUCAAAACGCACAUGCCUAUUGAAAGAUCUCGUAUGAAAAUAAGAAUUACGUUUGCUGCUAAAAAGGAUUACGGUCCUAAAUUACAGGAAUCGAUAUUGAAAAUGGCAGCCAGUGUAGAACAUGAAGAAUGGAUCGAAUCAACUUUGCAAAUAACUAUAUUCAUAGACCCCGGGAAUUACAGAGCAAUCGAUGAUCUGGUGCGUAAUGAAACCAAAGGUAAAGGAUUAGUCGAACUCCUUGAGCUUAAAGAUGUAGUCGAAGCAGAGGAAAUUUUUUAAUUUAUUUUGUUUUCAUUUGCGUUAAAUUAAAAAAUUAACCUAAAUGUUAUAAAUUUAACUUUACUCUAGCAGUAACAAUUAAUACUCAAAUAUAGAUAAUUGUA